AUGCAAAGCUUUCUGCCCGUGCCUGGCUGGUUAGCCUGGCUGGAUCUUGUGGCAAAGCCAGUGACAUUGAAAACGGUAUGGAUUACUUUAGAUCUGCAACCUCAGUUCUGCAAAGGCUACGGGGAGCUAAAUGGUAAUGCAGGAGAAAGAGAAGUAUCAUUAAAGGGCCUGUGCUCUGAUGAAACAACCAACCCAGGAUCCAGGGUACCAAAUGGCAGCCAGCAACUUGUAGACACUAAUGUGACCCCAAAGCAGACUGUUAAGGCCGGUGCUUUGGGGAAAGCCGGAAUCAAAACCAAGAACUUCGUUCAGAAAAAUAGCAUGGACAAAAAGAAUGAGAAAUCCUACGAAAAUAAGCUUAGAGAAAGUCAAUCCUCUGACAAGCCGGAGGGAGUAUCUAUUCCAAAUGGCGUGGUAACCAAUAAUUCUAGUUAUAUCACUAAUGGCUACGUAGGCAAAGGGGCAGAUAAUGAUGGUAGUGGCUCCGAGAGUGGAUAUACUACGCCUAAAAAACGGAAAGGCAGGCGCAACAGUGCUAAGGGUUGUGAGAACUUGAAUCUAGUACAGGACAAAAUAAUGCAACAGGAGGUUAAUACCCCAACCUUAAAACAGGAACUUGAGGGUUUCAAGCCUGAUUAUAGUGAACAAAAGGGGACCCGAAUUGAAAAUACUAAGCCUGUUUGGAAAUACGAGGCUGGGGCUGGUGGAGCAGGCCGGGGAAAGCCUGGGCUUGGGGAUGUACAGCGAAAAAAUUCUGAUGCCAAACCUGGAAUUAGCAGCAAGAAGUUUGAUGACCGGCCCAAAGGGAAGCAUGCGUCAUCAGCUACAUCUAAAGAGGAUUCAUGGACCUUAUUUAAACCACCCCCAGUUUUUCCAGUGGACAAUAGCAGUGCUAAAAUCGUUCCUAAAAUAAGUUAUGCAAGUAAAGUUAAAGAAAACCUCAACAAAGCAGCUCAAACCCCAUCUACGUCUUCGUCGUCGUCUUCGUCAUCUGCUGGGGAAACUCAGGCCCAGACAUCAAGUCGACUCUCCCAAGUCCCUAUGUCUGCUAUGAAAUCUGUUACUUCGGCUAGCUUUUCAAAUGGGCCAAUUUUAGCAGGGACUGAUGGAAGCCUAUAUUCUCCAGGGACCCAGCCACUGCUCACAACUGCUGCUAGUACUGUAACAUCAACCUCUUCUGAGUCAGUACCCCAGGACAUAAGUACAACUUCAACAGCUCUUGAACAAAAGAAAUCUAGCCUUUUUAUCUACCCUUCAAAUAUGCAAACUGUGCUUCUGGGUGCAGCACAAGUCGAUUUCCCGUCGCAGACAAAUCAGCAGAACCUGGGAGAUAUCUUCCAGAAUCAGUGGGGCUUGUCAUUCAUAAAUGAGCCCAGUGCCGGCCCUGAAACUGUCGUGGGGAAAUCUGCAGAUAAUCAGUUAAUGGAAGUGACAUUUCAAGGGGAAUAUCCUGCCGCUUUGGUUUCACAGUGUGCUGAAAUCAUUCCCUCAGGAACUGAACAACCUGUGUUUCCUAAGGCUUAUGAGCUGGAUAAACGGACUAGCCCUCAAAUUCUUAGUGCUAUUCUUAAGCCUGGGACUGCUGUUGAGGGUGGUGUCUUAGCUUUGGAGUCGCAUCACACAGGUGACCUACAAAAGGCAGACACCGGUAGCCAAGGUGCUUUAGUGUUUCUUUCAAAAGACUAUGAAAUAGAGAAUCCUCUGGCCUCCCCUACGAACAAUUUGUUAGCCUCCGCCAAAGAACAGAGGUACCAGAGAGGCCUAGAAAGGAAAGAUAGCUGGGGUUCUUUUGACCUGAGGGCUGCUAUUAUAUAUCACACUAAAGAAAUGGAAUCGGUUUGGAAUUUGCAGAAGCAAGAUCCCAAAAGGAUAAUCACUUACGAUGAAGCCAUGGAUCGCCCGGAUCAAUGAAGAGUGAAUGCAAGUGAUUAACGAAUACAGACUCAAUUUACAAGCCCAGUUCUAAAGUUCCUGCUGUCGUCUGCGUGGGCAACAGCGACCCACUGGAGAGGCAUUUCCACUUGACAAGGUUUCUGUUUCUUGUUCUGUGACUGUAGUGAUACACUAAUCAUAGGGAAAUCAGGAUGAUUCGCCAUCCUUCAUCUCCCCUUUCCCUUCCACCUCCCCCUUUUGUUUGUUUUUUUUUCUGUUUUGUUUUACAUUGAAUGCUGGAGAAACACCUUGAAGUUUGCAGAGUUUCCCCCCCGCCCUGAGAAUUAUAAUCUGCAUGUUUUGCCAGGAGUAAAGCAGCCAAUCAUAUGCUGGGAAAAUUUUCAUAAAGCAUCAUUCUUCUGGGGGAAAGAUUGUAAUACUGCAGUUCUAGGAUGCACAGUGAAGUCUCACGGUUGACAUGGCUCCGGUUACACGUUGGACUAUUACAACUGAAGAGCUCUUUCAUUUUAAAAGACAACAUUCAAAAAUAAGCAAUUGGUUUAGGCAUCUUAUAUGGGAAAAAAAAAAACAAAAAACACUGUUCCCACAGCUUAAUGCCAUUGUAUUACUGGGAGCAAAAAAAAAAAAAAAAAAAAAAUUUCCUGCUUUCAACUGUAGGUGCUUCAUAUUUGCUCUGUCUGUCUCCUAACACUAAAUGUCCUGGAUUUUUUCCCAUUUUCAUUGAAAAACUGAAGAGAAUUUGAGGUAUGCUAACUUUCACCCUUCUUGAUUAUUUUUUUCUCUUAAAAAAUUGGAAAAAAAAGGAAAAAAAAAAAAAGGAAAAAUGGGAAUUUGAAUCCUGUUUAAUUUAUCCAUAGAAGACUGAUGGCUGGGGUUUCUCGCACGUGCCCAUUGGAAAUGCUCUUUUAUAUUUUAUUGCAGUCUGUGUGUUUCUGGGCUCUGCUUCUAAUUAUCUCUUAAUAAAAAUAUAUUUUAUUACUACAAGAGCAAAAUGGGGGUCUUAGGAAUGAAAAUAAUAAUUAAAAAAAAAAUCGGAACAAAAGGAAAGCUUUCCAGCGAUGGUAGAGAAGACUGAAAAGAGUGCAGGCUCCAGCUGUGUAACCCGUUGUGUCCCACUGCAGCUUGUGUAGCAUGUUGAAAUCAUAUUGACGUUGGAUAGUUUUUUUGGGGUUUUUGUUUUGUUGUUUUAAAGGUGCAGAGUUCCAGGGGUCCAAUGUAAGACCGAGCAAUGAAUCUUGAAUGAAACAAAAAUGGGUUUUCUGGCCUAUUUAAACUCCAUGCAUACCCAGUGCUCAAAAAGGUCCGUGGGUGUUUGUGGCUGAAUACAGGCUAACACGUGUCUGGGCAUCGAGGUCAGCGGCAGCUGGGAUACCCUAAAAUUAGACUGGAUCCUAUGGGGCAUUACAGGAAGCAGAUAAGCCCAAAACUUUUGCCUACCCCUUAUGCUUAUGUAUCCACUCUUUUGUUAAGUAGGAGUUUGUAGCAUGCAUUUUUUAAUUGUUUUUAUUCUUUUAGUAAGCUUGUUCCUGAAUGAAGCUCUUGAGUUCAUGGUGGGACAAAGAAACUUAAUUCUGUACCUUUUUAUAAGAUUGCUAGCUUUCUGCACUGCUUAGUUUUAAAAGUUUGGGUAUGGAUUGCCUACUCCACUUUAUGUACAAAAUACUAUGUGUGUGUGUGUAUAUAUAUAUAUACACAUUUAUUUAUAUACACACAUAUAUAUAGUAAUAAUUUAUUGUAUCAGUCCAGGUUCAGAAAUUUGUGGUUGGCCGGUCACAAAUAGUUCUGUUUCACCUAUAAACUGUAUCACCUUUACAGGUGUGUGUAACUUUCAAAUGUAUAACAUGUUUACAGACGUGUCCUACAUCUAGUCCUCCUAUGCUCCUAUUUUUAAUUCUUUUGAGUCUCCCAACUGCUUGCCAAAAGUUGGAAUCGCCUCCCGCUCUCCUGCGAACGAGGGCUGAGGCGUUCUUGAGUUUUAAAGUGUUGAACAAACUGGACAACGGAACUGAAACGCUUAAGAUGGAAGAAAUGUUUUUUUUUUUUAAUUUUAGAAAAGGAAAAAAAAAUGUUGAAGGCUGAUAGCAAAGUUUCCAGUUUGUUUUACUGGCUUUAAGGCUCUGCUAUGUAUUUGUUUGCCUUGUGUAGUCACUUGUCGCCUUAAGGGCUGGGUUCCAU